UUCACCUAUGACCCCUUGAUACGACGGAAGAGCAACAGCCCGAGCGCCGGAUUUUACGCGAGGAGAAAAAAGCCAUAGUAAGCAGGCUGAACAUGGCAACAGCAGGACCCGGGUCUCACACUGUAGUAGAGCAGAGCUGCUAUGAUGGGUCUCACACCGGGGUUUCUCAGAUUGACUAUGACAGCAAAUCAAGCAAUGCUGAAGAACAGACAGCAGAGAUAUCUAUCUUGGACCGUCAUAUAUCAACCCACACCGGAGACAAACCCUACAUGUGUGGGCAGUGUGGGUACAGGACGGUUAGAAAGCAUGACUUAUCUCGACAUACGAGAACCCAUACAGGAGAAAAACCCUACAAGUGUGACCAGUGUGACUAUUCUGCAGCAAGGAAAUCCCACCUUGACAUCCAUAUAGCAGCAAAACACACCGGCGAGAAUCCCUACAUGUGUGAAGAGUGUGGAUAUAGGACAUUUCAAAGGUCUGCAUUAUCCAGACAUAUGAGAAUUCAUACCGGAGAAAAACCCUACAAGUGUGACUUUUGCGACUAUUCUGCAUCACAGAAGCACUACCUUGACUAUCAUAUGGCAGCAAAGCAUACCGGAGACAAACCUAACAUGUGUGGGGAGUGUGGGUAUAGGGCAGUUAAAAAGCAUGACUUAUCCCGACAUAUGAGAACCCAUACCGGAGAACAACCCUACAAGUGUGACAAGUGCGACUAUUCUGCUGCACGGAAAACCCACCUUAACCACCAUUUGGCAGCAAAACACGGUGGUGACAUACCCUACAUGUGUGGAGAAUGUGGGUACCAAACAGCUCAAAGGGCUAACUUGUCCAAACACAUGAGAACACAUACAGGAGAAAAACCCUACAAGUGUGACCAGUGCGACUAUUCUGCAGCACAGAAAUCCACUUUGAAUAACCAUAUGGCAGCAAAGCACACUGGUGAUAAACCCUACAUGUGUGGAGAGUGUGGGUUAAGGACAGCUCGGAAGUCAACCUUGUCCAAACACAUGAGAACCCAUACAACAGAAUGACCAAACAAUUUUUCCCCAGUACUUUACAAAACACAUGCCAUUGGAGAAAACCCGUCAGUGUCACUACUCGUGGACUAGAAAGAUGAUACUACAUGUAAAACUGUACAUUAUUAUUUCUAACUUAAAAUGUUGAUGGACGUCAACUGUCAACUGUGUAAGAAUUAUAGAAAUGUGUAAAAGUUUAUUAUAGGAUAAGUUGACAGAUGUUUUUAAAAGCCGUUCAAAGUAAGUUGACGCAUCUGAAUUGCAAAUUUCUCGCUUUGUAUAUUCCUAAAAACUGUACUAGUAUCGUUACUAAGUAAUAUUUUUCCACGUGCUUUGACUAUUUUCUCUUUAGAAUAGGUAUAUUCAGUAAUGAAUACCAGCAAAAGUGUGGUUUUAAUGAAAUAGAAUACGUUUGAGCAACUACAAUAGUACAGUAGAAACCGCUUAAUUGCAUUGCCUAUUUGCCUUGAAUUUUCGUACAAUUAUCCGGCUGUUGCAAUAAUGCGAAGUUAUCUAGCUGGACCGCAUCGGUUGGGGAUUUUGAAACCCCGUGUAGUUAACAGAAGUGUGCGUUAAUCCUUUGUGCGAUUGACUCGCUUCUACUGUGUAACAUCCUCCUACGCUCGGUCCCCAACGGCUAGCUGACUCAUGCUAUAGGGCCCUGCUAUCUCAUGGCCUACCCGCAGUUAUUUCCAGUUCCUUGUCGCCCUGCUUAUAAAUACUAAUCAACUUACCCUUACGUGGGCAGUCAGCCGUUGGGGAUCGGGCGUAGGAGGAUGGUGCUAUGUAAGACGUAACAUGAUUGGCUGAUAGCUUCCCAGCGGCCUUUGCGAGACAGCUUUCGACAACAAAACCGCCAAGAAAAGCCUAUUCUCUGAUUGGUUGACAGCUGGUUUGUGGCGACCAUCAUAAUAAUCGCUGGUAGACAUCUAGAUAGCUAGCAGGGCCCUAUCGGAUAAUGCCGUUGGGGACCGGGCGUUAGGAGGAUGCUGUAUAAAUGAUUUUUGCAACAAUUGUUUUGUUAACUAACCUCCAAGACCAGUCUGAGGGAAGUGCAAACGAUUUGAAUCUGGAUAAUUAUUUUCUGAAAACGCCUAUUCUUAUUCUAAGAAGGAAACUUUAGUCCACUCAAAUUAUCGAAUUAUUUUGCUGACCUGUUUAUUGUAAUAUUUACUAACUGUAUCGUAGUCUUAAUGCCUACUUUUUAACUAACAUGUUUCCUUUUAAGACAACUAAGUGUUACUCAUUAUACAAUUAUCUGUCAAUCCUCAGAAAGCAACUGCAAACUAUAUCUAGUGAGAUACACAUAAUUUUGGUGCAGUUUUUGUUUUGUUUUGUUCCACGGAGUAAAUAAAACUGCAUUUGA